UCUGCGUGACACCCCAGAGAGACCCUCUGCAUCCUUUAAGCCCCAGUUUUCCUGCCCUCAAACUUUGAAAUCCUACUCUUUUCUGGAAAGGCUUUCACUUUCUCGUGCUUUCUUGGCCCCUCUGUGUCGUUGGUUGAUUUUCCUGGAAAAGAAAAAUGAGGUGGGAGAGAGUCCUGUUGGCGCAAGCCCAGGAACCAGAGCAGAGAACAGAAGAGGCUGGUGACCCCGGAAAGAGGUGGGGCCUCACUUGCAACGCGAUCAAAGGAGGGAGGUUUCUCUACGUGUUCGGUGGCUAUGGCAAAGACAACUGCCAGACCAACCAAGUUCACGUCUUUGACACUGUGGAGCAAACAUGGAGCCAACCCACAAUAGGAGGCACGCCACCUGCUCCAAGGGACAGCCAUAGCUGUACUAAUGUUGGUGACAAUUUGUUUGUGUUCGGUGGGACAGAUGGGAUGAACCUUCUCAGGGAUUUGCAUAUACUAGACACUUCUUCUCAUACAUGGGUAUCACCCAUUAUAAGGGGGGAGGGACCGGAGGCAAGGGAAGGUCAUAGUGCAGCACUUGUGGGUAAAAGGCUGUUCAUAUUCGGUGGGUAUGGAAAAUCUCCUAAUGACGACGAUGAAGUAUAUUACAAUGAUCUUUUCAUAUUAAACACAGAGACCUUCGUAUGGAAAAAGGCUACGACAACUGGGAUCCCACCUUCACCACGUGAGAGCCACAGCUGCUCAACUUGGAAGAACAAAAUGAUUGUGAUUGGUGGUGAAGAUGAACAUGAUUACCAUUUUUCCGAUGUCCAUAUUCUUGAUACAGACACCCUGAUGUGGAAGGAACUGAAUACCACCGGCGACAUGCUACCCCCUCGUGCUGGACAUUCUACUGUUACUUUUGGGAAGAUUCUGUUUGUUUAUGGGGGAUACACAGAGGCCCAAAAGCUAUAUGAUGACCUGUAUAUGCUUGAUGUUGAAUCUGCUAUAUGGUCCAAGGUGACUGCUGCAGGUGCUGGACCUUCUGCCAGAUUUUCCAUGGCUGGGGACAGUCUAGAUCGGGUUCAGAGUGGGGUUCUUGUCUUUUUGGGUGGUUGCAAUAGAAGUCUCGAGGCUCUUGACGAUAUCUACUACUUGCACACAGGUUCAAAUUAUAUUUUGUGGACUUUCCUUUUGCAGCUCAUGUAGGUUUU